AUGGCGGAGCGAAGCGAUCGGAAAGAGGGUGAUGGAAGCAGGGAUAGGGGUAGUGUAAAACGGAGGAGGAUAGCAUUGCAAGGGGACAUUGAAAGCCCCUUGCAUGCGGGCCGGCGAGGGUCGAAGCCGAUGGAAAUAGAGCUGGACGAUAAUGUGGAGGAGUUUCACGUUCCGAAGUGGACGGGAGAGGCCUUUGAGGGUAGUCAAGAGAGGCAUGGUGGUAGUGUUGAUGAUGGAGGGCCGGAGGGCAGGGGCGCAGAGGGAGAUGGGGAAGUAGUCAAUUUAGUGGCGAGUGACGAUCUUACUAAGGAGUCUGGCGUCUCGAACGGAGGCCCAGCUGAGCAGCCUGGCACGCCGAAACUGCAGUUUGAUACGUCGAAGCCUCUGAAGCCGGAGCUGGUCCUAGCGGCAUCGGUAUUGCCUCCUGCGGUACCCAACUCGGUUUACCGUGCAAGAGUUCGUACGAGUGUUGUGAAGGCAGUGAAGGCUCCUCUAGUUGAUAUCAUAGGCGACGAGUGUACAGACAUGCGGAAGGUGGAGGUGGCGUUGAAAAGGUUCGUGGACAAGAAGGGUCUGUGGUGGGAUUGGAAUUACGGGAAGAAGUCUAAGCGGGAGACUGGCGGUGGAUAUGUCAGGGUGGACCUGGACCCUCAGUUGAGGCAGAUCUGCAUGUGUACUCUCGCCUCUCUGAAGGAGGUCUUGUUCCACGCUCGGAGGUAUAUAGAGAUUGAUGAGACUCAGACCAUUGAGGUUGAUGAUGAGGACGGCGUUGAGGAGAGCGGCUCUGCAGUGGUAGUGGAAGAGCCGAUACCCCUGAAGAUCGAGGGGGUUGGAAGCGGGGGGCAGGGGGCUCUGGUGGAAAGAAAUGGAGAGGAGGGAAUAUGGAUUGGCGAACCUGAUAUCUUCUAA